GCUGAGAGCUGCCGGAGGCCCUCCUCCCCAACCUCCCGGUUGCUGUUCAGUCGCGUCAAGGAAAACCCCGUCAUCUCCACUGCGUCUGUCGUCCUAGAAGAGUUUCAAAUGUGGUUUUUUAAACACCUCCUUUGAUCUGGGGAUUUACCUUUUGGCGAAGACGGACUUCCCCUUUCGCGUUCUGGCCAUUAUGGUGCAUGGCGGCAUCCUCUUCUUCCCUCUGGGGUGUCUGUUUCUCAUUUCAUCUGGACACUGUGAGGGAGCCCUCACGCUCUCUGUCCCAGAAGAAGUUUCGUUGGAAAAUGGCAGCGUGACAGACAUCACUGCGACUUUAAGCACGCCAGCCAAGGAGGCCGUGGUGAUAACUUUUAAUGUCACGUAUUCAUCCAAGAACACAACCAUCGUCGAUCUGCCCGAUCAAGUAAUCAUACCUGUGGGGCUCAAGAAGACUGACUUCCAGGUGAGAGCCGAAGAUAUCGGGCAGGUGACUGUGUAUCUUCUAUCCAAUCAAUCCAGCCUGAAUGAGCCGAGAAUCCGGUUCCUUGUGAUCCACAGCAAUGCGUUGAGGAUUGUAGACCAGGUGAUCGGGUGGAUCUAUUUCUUCGCCUGGUCGAUCUCCUUCUAUCCCCAAGUGUUUGAGAACUGGAGGCGCAAAAGCGUCGUGGGGCUCAGUUUUGAUUUUAUUGCUUUGAACCUUACCGGCUUCAUUGCCUACGCAGUCUUCAACGUCGGGCUGUUCUGGAUUGGCUCCAUUAAGGAGCAGUUCUUGCAGCGGUAUCCCAACGGAGUGAACCCUGUGGACAGCAAUGACGUGUUCUUCAGUCUCCAUGCUGUAGCUGUGACCCUCUUCAUAGUGUUCCAGUGCUGUAUUUAUGAGAAAGGAAGCCAGAAGGUCUCUAAGGUUGCCGUUGGGUUGCUGGUCCUUGCCUGGGUUUUCGUCUUCACCACCCUAUUUGUGGCUGCUCUGCGGCAAAUCACCUGGCUUCAGUUCUUAUUUUACUUUUCUUAUAUUAAGUUGGGAGUGACUCUUGUCAAGUAUUUCCCUCAGGCCUAUAUGAACUUUCGGCGGAAGAGCACCAAAGGCUGGAGCAUUGGCAAUGUCCUGCUGGACUUCACGGGCGGCGCGUUCAGCCUGCUCCAGAUGUUUCUGCAGUCAUACAACAACGAUGCAUGGAAGCUGGUCUUUGGAGAUCCUACCAAGUUUGGUCUAGGCCUUUUCUCCAUCAUUUUUGACAUUGUGUUCAUCAUCCAACAUUACUGCUUAUAUAGAGCUCCAGGCUACGAGUCCGUGGGUUAGAAACUCUGCCCUGAUGAGCCCUGCGCCUGCCCCAAUUCACCCACCAGUGCUUCCGUGACUCUUGCCGUGGAACACCAGACUUUCUCCAUGUGGACCACAGCAAAUCACCUUUGCCUUACUUACCUCACACUUGUGCCUGUGUGUGUUGCAAGCGUGCUCCUUGACCCAGGAAAGGCCAAACCUGCCGCCUUGGGUGUUUCAGGCCUUCAACUCAGGGGAAGGAAGGCAGGAUAUCAAAAUAUUGUAUACUGAACUUUUUUACCUGGAGCCAGUUGAAAUUCAUGGUAAUUUAUAAAGCAACCACCUUCAGAAAAGAUGGCUGGGAACAGAAAAUGAAGCAAGAAUAAACAGCCACGCUUCUAAGGAUUGGUGCCCUACAUUUGGAGAAACCAAAGUGAUCAGUAGGCCCAGGUCCAGAUCGCCAGUGGAUCUGUCCUGCUUGGGAGGAGGAAAGGGGGCUAGAGAAUAUCGGAAUCGCUGGAGCCCUUCUAAAAAAUUUUCCUAAGACUGCUUGUAAUAAUUGGUGUAAAACACCAAGAUCUGUUGAUACAAUUAAAGCCCUUGUAACAGAA